UGAGCGAUAAUUCUUUCACAAACAAUCAGAAAUAUCGACAAGUGAUCACUUCUCGUGCCGUGCCCAGGCUAGUCACUUUUCUCGCAGGUCAAGUGGGUAUGGCUCUCCUGGCUGCAUGUCAUCAGGGACACCCACACACUCACAGAUGGAUACAUACGAUACAUCCACCCACCCCCCUCCACACACACUCCCGCUGUCUAGCUAUCUACACACCCCCGACGGACGACCGACCGAACACAGACACCCAUACCACCGCUGCACACACACACACACUACACUACAGUGAAUACGAACGAUACGACACAGCCAUCAAAAACACCGACCAGAGAAUAAGAGAUACCUCAACCAACCUCAACUUCUCAACACAACAGGCCAGGACGGACACCUUAACCGAAAACCGCAUGGAUCCGACCCGCGGAUGUAGGGUGGGUGGCUGAAAACUGUGUAAGUGUGUGUGUGUCUGUACGUGUGUAUGUGUGUGUGGCGGUGCGGCCGAGAAAACUAACUGGCCAGGCCAUCAUCAAACAAAUGCAUGUCGGCCGCCCCACCGCGACAGACCACACAGUCUCGGACCGAGAGAUUCUCUGGCCUGACUGACUGCCAUUGCCUUAGCCUUAGCCUUCGCCUCAGCCUUAGCCUUAACCGAUUCGAAUUAGUGCCCCCGUCACCUACCUCCCUGGUUGCUUGAUGGCUGCUACCGAUGGAUGCAUCGUUCAUCGUUGACAUCACUUGCGAAAAGGCAGCUCCUGCUGCUGUAUCUCCCGCAGCGUCCUUCUGCGGAGGGUGAUCGGGGGCUUCUCCUCGUCGGGGUCAAUCUGAUCCGGCGACAGAUAGGUGGACAUACAGACAGACAGACCGACCGAAAGACAGAAAGACCGAUGGAUGUGUGCAGCAUGCACGCGUCGCACGGUGAUGCCGUGUGCGCGCGCGCGUGUGUGUGUGUGUGUUUUGGCGAUUCCGUCCUGACCUUUUGCAAAGCACUGUAGAUUGACGAAAUGACUAACAGCGCCUGGGACAUCACAGCUGCACACAGACAUACAGACCGAAACACACACACCAACUGGUGACGACGACUGUCUGUGCUCGUCUGUGCUCUGUGUGUGUGUGUGUGUGUGUGUGAGUAUACCUAUGGAUGGUCCCUGGAAAAUCUGAACGUCCACGAGGUAUCUACAAGAGGCUAUCCUAUGCAGCUGCACCGUCAGCAUGAGGUCCUCUGCUGCGCGGGACGAGCCGGCAUGUGUGGGGGUCUGCUCCUGGAUGGUCGGCGGCCGCCGCACCGGACGACACCUAAUCUUGAACGGGCUCACCACGAACCACUCCUGCACACACGACGCAACAAAACACAACAUGAUUCGCUCCCGUGUGAGUGUCAGUGUCAGUGUGAUGGCUCACGAAAUCGAGCUUCUUGAGCGUCUGCAAGAUCUGCGGACGGACGGACAAAACACACACUCAGCCACAGAGAGAGAAAAUCAUCAAUCCUCUCUCCCUGCAUGGGUCUCCCCUCUCCCCUUUCCCUCUCUCACCGCGACGACGAGUGUGGAUGAGUCGAGGAGCGACUCGACGCCCAGCUUCCACCGCGACGACGACCACCCCACGCUCCCGGGGGACAACUCAUAGGACAUGAUGGAUGGCGUGGGGGUGGUGUGCGGCUGGGCGGACCAGCCGCGCACCAACGGAACCGGCGAAGCGGGCGGCACGGGCGACGCCUGCAAAGCAAUCAGUGCAUGUGGGUCGAUCGGUCUGCGGUGCGGGUGGUGUGUCCUUACAGCAGGGCUGGGUUCGAAGCCGAGGACGCCUUUCUGGUGCAGAUGCGCUACCUGCACAGACAUAGAUAGAUAGAUGGCAUGACAACAGAGACGCCGUGAGUCACUGUGGGGCAGGGCAGGAUGGCUCGCCCCUCUGUCGUGACCGACCUUCUUCUGUAUGUGUGGAGGGAAGACCGUCGGCGCCAAAGGAUCCUGCUCACGCGGAUCUGCCGGCCAGAUACCGAAGAAGACACAUCAGCCGGGGUUCAUGGCCAUGGCCAUGGCCCGCCCCCGGUUCUGCUUCCAGAAUUACCUGUCGUGCAUUUGGCCCUACGCUUGUCGAGCAGAAGCUGGUACGCUACCGUCUCCCUGGACAGACAGACACCCCAGUGUAGUGACAGGUCUGUCUAUUUCUCUGAAUGCUGUCACGUGCCUGCCUGCCUGCCUGUCUGCCUGAUUGCGUGUCGGCCUCACAUACAUGUUGGGGAAUGCCCCCGCUUUUGGAUUGAGGUCGAUACUGGCCUCGGUCACAUCAUAGCCCAACUGACAGACGCAGACAGAGACACACACAGGGAGGGAGAGAGCAAGGAUCGAUCACGUCGUACGAGGGUGUUGGGACACUAGUAGGCAGAGCAGAGCAGUCCACCUCGUUGAGUUGCGUGAUGAUGUCAGGGUAGACGGCUUGGUGAGAGGGAUCUGCCAAUGGCACCGAAAGGUACAGCGGCAAGCUCUGCCGAAACCAUGCGUGCUUUCUGCACACAUCCAUGCCAUGCAUGGCCAUGCAUACCAACAGACACACGCGCACAGUCACAAAGGUAUUGGAGGCCCUCUCCCUCCCUCCCUCCCUCCCUCCACCUGAUUUCUCUGAAUGUGAUGCGCCUCGUGGGGUCGACGACGAGCAUGCGGAUGAUCAUGCUCCGCGAGAGCUCACUCAGGUGGCCUGGGAGCGUGAAUCUGCCCGACCUGAUCUUCUGCACAGACAUACAGACAGCCAGACAGACAGACAGACGUCAUUUCCUUGUGGGCUGUAUGCAGGGGUGUGUUUGGUGUGUGUGCAGAGGCGCCCAUUCACCUUGAAGAGGUUGGGCAGGCCCUCCUCAUCAAAGGGCAGGUGGCCGCACAGCAUGGCGAACAGCAGCACACCGCACGACCACACAUCCACCUCUGGACCUGCAUAGGCCCUGCAGGAGAGAGGGAUGCCAGCAGUGAGUGAGAUCUACGGCUUGCUGUGCUGUGUGUGUCGUCUGUGUGCGCGGCUGGUGGCUUACUUGCCCGACACGAUCUCUGGCGCCGCGUAGUUGGGUGAUCCGCAGGAGGUCUUCAAAAAGUCACCCUCUCUGCCAAGCCAGCCAGCCAGCCACAACGAUAUCACUCACUCUCUCACUCAUGGGUCCAUCCAUCCACUCAGUCAGGUCAGUGCCGACAGACAGACAGACAGACAGACAGAGAGACUCACUGACUUCAUCAUGUUAGAGAGGCCGAAGUCGGCGAUCUUGACGUGCAGGUUCAUGUCUAGCAGCACGUUCUCGGGCUUGAGGUCCCGGUGGCACACCAUGUUCUGGUGGGAGUACUCCACACCCGAUACGAUCUGCUGGAAGAAACGACGCGCAUCGCCCUCCGAUAGCUGACCACCACACAGCACACAGCACACAGCACAGCACACACGACACAGAGCGAGGAGUGAGGUGAGUGUGGCUCUGUUGCUGCGCGGCUAGCUGGGUCGGUCGGCUGGGAAGGGAAGAUGGUUUGACACUCCUCACUCACCCGCCUCCUCUCGAGGAUGUAGUCAAAGAGCUCUCCGGGGACGUACUCCAUCACAAUGAAUAUGUGUGUGGGCGUGUCGAGCACCUCAUACCUGACACAUACACCAUACAACACACACACACAGACAGACAGACAUCGUCCUUGUCUGUCUGGUGUGUUGAGUCAGUCAGGCUGCCUCUGUGUGUGCGUGUGUGUGUGUGUGUGCUUACAGUCUGAUGACGUGUGGGUGUUUGAGCUGCUGCAGUAUGUUGAUUUCGCGCUUGAGUUUGCCGUGCAUCUCCAUGGCCUGCAUCUUGAGCUUGUUGAUCAUCUUGAUGGCCACCUUCUCGCCCGUCUUCUCGUGCACAGCAACUGGUGGACCAACCACACACACACGGGCGCGGCGAACAGCCAGCCAGACAGGCAGGCAGGCAGACAGAAAGUCAUGCCUCCUUCCUUCUCUUCAGCAGGCAUCUCCCCUCCUCUCCCCCUCGUUGCCUCUUCUCUUCUUACCUUUGACCUUCCCGAAGUUGCCCUCUCCUAUCGUCUUGCCGAGCCUGUAAGGCCCUAUGUUCAGAGAUGACGCCGCCAUGAGCAGCUGGGCGGGCGGGAGGAACGAUAUGGAGAACGCUCAGCCACACAGCCACGUGGGACAGUGCGCGCGACUCCCUGCUUCAGGCACUUGUCGUUUCAACUCCGA